AUGUCGCAUCUGGGUUCAUCGCGCGUGUCUUUCUCGGCCAUUCUCCAUCUCUUCCCUAGCCGCUCGACAGUUCAAGAUCCAUUCACUUACAGCAACGGCUCUGGUACGCUGUUCAAAAGCGCCGCCCUUGUCAGCUCCCUCCAGUUUGAACCGCUUUUUCAACUUGACGCGUCCAUCGCUACUCUGCCCACCAUGUCUUCAACUUCAGAUGCACCCUCUGCCCCUCCGGUGUCCAUCCCGCGCCCGCAGGCAAACACUAUCUUGACAUCCUUCACAUCAUUCCUCACCCUGACUGUACACACUAUACUGUACCACAGACGCCUCUAUCCGCAGCAGACCUUUCUUAUGACCAAAGCCCACAACCUUCCAGUCCCCCAGUCCCGCCAUCCAGUUCUCUGCGAUUGGAUCAACUCGGCCGUCGCUGCGAUUCAAGAUCAGCUUGCUAUCGGCGCAGCCUCCAAAGUAUGCGUCGUCAUUCACGCCCAUGAGACGAUGGCUGUCAUCGAGAGAUGGGUUUUCGAUGUCACCAACUUCCCGGCCUGGGCUACAGGCAAGGGCAAGGAGAAGAUCGGUAUGGGACAGAGGUUCCAGCGAAGGGAGGAAGACGACGACGAUGGGUCUGUCAACUGGGUUGACGUGAACGAGGCGUAUCGUGGUGCUCUGAGACGUCUCGCGUACGCUGCGGAGAUGAAGGGACCUCUGCCAGAGGGAUGCACGUUCACCAUGGCCGUUGAGCUCAGGGACGAGGCGCCGGCGCCAAUAGGGCACCCGCAACCUUGGAUUCCUUCCGAGCCUUCGCUCCAACCCGCCUCAAGGACGAAUCCAGUGCCGGGCGUGUGCAUAGGUGGCGCCUCCACCACGCCGCUGCGCUCCGUCGAGGCCGGCCCUCUCUUCUUCGAAUGCUGGAUCGAGGAAAGCAAGCCGCCGUCCUCGCCCCAUUCUACCCAAGACUCGUACUUCUCGUGA